CUGGCAAAUGCGUCGAUGGCAACAUGGCUGCUAUUCAACCUAAAAAUACUUAUGUGAGUGUUCCUGAUUCUCGAGUUGUUUAUUGUAGUCACUUUCAAAGACACGUGAACCCUGUCUUAAUAAAAAUAAAAUAGCCUAAAGCUUCUCAGUAGUACAUGCCCGUGUAUAAAAUAAAAAUAUGAUGCUUAUUUAUUUAGCAUACUCUCUAGGUGUAAUGCUAUUACUAUUAUUACUAUUAUAUUAUUAGGUAGAUCAAGAUCUGAGUUAAGUCAGUCUAACUUAGCCUGACUUGGGCUUAGAGGGCGACCAAACGUCCCGAAAAAACGGGAUUGUCCGUUUUUUCACAAUCGUACGCGUUGUCCCGAAAAAGUCUCUCGGGACGCCUAAAUGUCCUGUUUUUUGUUUAACCAAUCACAUUUUCUAAUCACUAAAACUUCCUAAUUUAUAAUAUAAUAUAACUUCAAAUAAUAAUAUUUUGGCUAGCUGUGUAGCCAGUGCCAGCAGUAAUGUGGGCUUUCGAUGAUGGCAACACCAUUCUCUCUCCACCACAGUUUCCCUGCCAUAGAUUUUAUAUGUAAAAAAGACACAAGACUUGAAGCCGCAGGGGAUUUGGGGGGGGGGGGGAUGUAACUGUGCAGAAAACAAUUUUGAUUCCACGACCGCUACGUGUAAUGUGUUAGUCUUAUGUGUGAUCCCUACCGGCCUGUUCGUGUCAGAGUGACAGGUGUUUUUUUGAGGUGUUAAACUUUAUUCUUCUUCUAUAUCUUAAGGGCCCACGAUCAAUUUAUUGAUCAUUUUGGCUCCUAUGCAUGUAGAUGGGAUUUACGAUGUUUCUUUUCCUGGUGUUGAUGAGGAAAUUUCACUGAUUUCCAGCGCCACUUUGUGAGGGAAUCAUGCACUAGGGGUUUGAAGGCUUGAGGCAAUAGACACAAAUGUGUCUAGUGUUGUGGCCUCAACCGUUCCUUUUGAAAGCUUGUUCCAGACCCUGAUUGUCUUUAACUGGACAAAAAGAAAACAAUCGUCCUUGAAAGCGUCCCGUUUUUUCCAAAUCAUGAUUUGGUCACCCUAGUCUAACUCUAAGUCUAAGUUAGUGAAAGCCAAGGCCAUAUCAAACUAUUUUUAAAAAUUUAGUUAAAUUACACAUUCUUUAGGCCUAGACUAAGCCUUCAGUUUUUUUUACUGUUAGUUUAGGCUUAAAGGCAAAAUUUUCAAAUUUACACAAUCCGUUCCACUCAUUUCACCAUGAUUUUGCACAAAUUUGCACUACUUUUUUUCUUUUCUCAUGGAUGCCAUCUUUUUUGCUAUGACGGCAGAUGUGUCAUUGCAUCAAGGAUGGUAGUUAUGUGUAAAAAAAAAAAAAGGAGAGCAAAUACCUGUCUGCUGAAAAAUGGGGAAGGGAAUCAAAAUUUUCAAAUUUACACAAUCCGUUCCACUCAUUUCACCAUGAUUUUGCACAAAUUUGCACUACUUUUUUUGUUUUCUCAUGGAUGCCAUCUUAUUUGCUAUGACGGCAGAUGUGUCAUUGCAUCAAGGAUGGUAGUUAUGUGUAAAAAAAAAAAAGGAGAGCAAAUACCUGUCUGCUGAAAAAUGGGGAAGGGAAAGGGUGAGAAUAUAUUGCUUCAAUUGCUUACUGAAAGAAAAGAAAAUUAGGAAUAUCAUUAGAAUAGGUUGCUUUUUUUUAAUAGAAAAACAUUAGAAUAAUGAGUAUUUUUGAAAGUGUGUUGCAUAAAACUGAUAAUAUUUAAGAACAUUUAAUAAAUAAAUAGAAGAAGUGAAAAAUUCAAAAAAUUAAAAAUAAAAACAUUAAAUAUUAGCAAAAAACAUGCAAAUUUAAUGCAUUUUUGAAAAGUAAAAAUCUAAAAUUUUACAUAACCUGAAUGCUAAGUCAGUAUCCUUAAUUCAAGCGUAAAUUCAACGGUAGCUUUAUACCCCCCUCCCUCCCCCCAACUAGCUAAAAUUCGCACCUAAAUUUAUAGAAAAAUCUACAUCUCUCAACAACACAGGUUGAAAACCGCUCUACUAGAGUUUAAUACCAAGAUACAUAUUGCCCAGCAGUUAUAAAUACACUGUACCUAACCUCACCCCUAACUGACCAGUGGUCACUUUGAAUAGACUGAUGGGUUUACAGCUUACUUUCUAACAAUAUUAUUGUUAUAGAGAGCUUGUUUACAUAAUAUUUCUCGUGCGUGCCCUCUGAUUGACCCCGCAUGAGACGCUGUGUUCACAAAGGGGUGUGGCUUAGGCCUUUGAUGUAUUCUUGUUUACACCGCCAACUACUAAAAAUAAUUAAUCUGUUCCAAGUAGUGUUUUGUAGAAUGAAUCUGAUGGUUCUAGAAAUGCCAUGUAGCUUGUCGAAGGCAGGGCUUAGGCGUCGGUAGACCCACCUAUAUAAGGGAUUGACAGGCACGGACGAGGGACGGAGAUUUUCAGAUAGAUUUUCUUAACAUUACGAGGCGUGUUUUAUUCUUUGUGUAUUUGUGUGCUCAUAUGUGUUUAUUUUGCAUUAUUUAUUGGCACAUUAUUCUAACUGUGUUAACUGUGUACUGGUACAAGAUCUACCAUACUGUAAGUUGAAGAUUGUAAUUAUAUUUUUCUUUUCUUUUGUAAUUAUCUUAAGACAUAAUAAAUCUUAUUAAUUGUAACUAGAAACUGUUUUGGGUCGUAUCUUUAAUAUUGUUGAUUCUAUGGUAUCGUCCUUUGUUAGGCACUGUUUACAACGAGCCAAUUAAAAUUAAAAUAGGAGAUUAACUUCUCCCAAUAUAAGUCAGUGCGUAACAAUUAUUUUGAACGUAAGAGCUAACCAAAAAUAUUUAUUGGACAUACAAAACUGUGCACAGGAUGUACGACAUCCAAAACUGUGCACAGGAUGUAAAAUUAAGUUGAAACAUAGUUAGAGUAAAUGACAACUUAAGUUAAAUUUGAUUUAUAAAAAAAAAACUGAUUCAACAUUCUUUAAAUUAUUUUCAUCCUAGUCAAAAGAAGUUGGAAAUGUUAUGACAACAUUAGAUGUUGUUCCCAAGAAGAAAACACCUAAAAGAAUUCUGCACUUCAGUGAUGGAAUUCUAGAGGAAUAUUCUUCAGAUGAAGAAGAAACUGUUUCAACCAAUAAUAAUCAACUUAACCCUGUAAGUUAGUUUUAUUUCAUAGUACUUACGCAUCAUAUUGCAAUGCUAAUGUUAUGCAAUGUGAUUGUUUAUUUGCAUUGUUCUCAACCUUCAUAUUGCAAUCCCAAUGUUGUGCAAUGUGAUUGUUUUAAAAACAUUUUAUGCGAUCAUGUGACGUAAAAUUUACUUUCCACCAAUACAAUUUUUAAAAUAUUUUUACAGGACUUGGGAAGUCCUAGAUCUUAAUAAAUUUAAAAAAACAAAUAUAGGAAUCAAUAACUCCACUUGAUAUAUUUAUAUUAUAAUUUCAGAAACAAUUGCCAUGGGGUCCUUGGCUUGUUCAUUAUGCCUCCGCAGCCGCUCAUAUGUCCCUUUCUGGUACAGACUAUGCUGCUUUUUCAAGCUAUUUAAUUUAAAACAUAUUGUAUAUUUAUUUUAUUUAUAAAAGUAUUUUUGACUUUCAACUAUUUUCAUACCUAAUUGUUCAUGAAAUGCAAUUUUAACAAAAAUAAAAUUAUUGUUAUCCUAAUGGUUUUAUUCAUUAAUUUUUCAUUUAGCUGCGGAUUUUUGUGGAGAAAAACUUGCCUCCUUGCUUGGGAUAACGACCCCUAAAUACCAAUAUGCAAUAGAAGAAUACAAGAGAAGGGAAAGAGAAGUAUGUUUUGAACAUCAACAAUUUUAUUUAAUAUAGAUUAUUUAAGUUUAAAUUUUCAUAGUUUUCAUAGAUACAAAAUAAUUGCAAGUUUUUAUUUGACAGUUUCUAUAGUUUACUGUAGUGUUGAUUUUUGUUGUUCAGAUGAUAAUGAGACUGAUAUGAGACCAAUUGUAGACUGAUAUGAGAGUGAUUGUAGACUGAUAUGAGACUGAUUGAAGGCUGAUUGAAGACUGAUAUGAGACUGAUUGAAAACACUCUUGAGAAUAUGUCCUACAAACGUCUAACCUUUAGUGUUUCUUUUAAUAACAUAUAUUUUUUAUGACAUAAUUUUAUGCUUUACCUAGUUAUUAGCAACAAUGUCAGUAGUCAGUGUAACAGUUUGAUUGUGACUAUUCAAAUAAUGUGAUCACUAGGUUCAUAUUUACGUGCCCAAUGAUGUUAUAAAAUGUUCAAUUUUCAUGAUAAAGUUGGAGGAAGAUCGCAUCAGAGAUGAGAAACUGUCUGGUGAAUCACAAGGUUUGUCUACGGUUGAUGUUCAAGGGGAAGGAACCAAGAGUGCAGGAAGUGAUGGGAAUACAGGAAGUAGCGGAGGUCCUGGCAUGACACCUGUCAAAUAUUAAACCAUUUUUUAGACAGGUGGUUUGAAUCUGUGGGAUUGGAAGUUCCAUUAAUCUUAAGUCAAAUUUCAAUGAUUAACAACUGUCAUUGGUUACAGUUUCGAUACUCACCCGUGGGUUUUGUGAUAUUAAUCUUAAGUCAAAUUUCAAUGUUUAACAACUGUCAUUGGUUACAUGCCUGAUAAUCGCCUUUGGGUUCUGUGAAAAUAUCUUCCAUGUUUAACAACUGUCACUGGUUCCAUGACUGAUACUCUCACCUGUGGCUUCUGUGACAUUAAUCUCCAGCUUUGAUCUUAUACAUAUGUUUAUUCUGCAAGACUAUUAAUUUUUUUUUCUUAUCGGCUGGGACCACAAGUCAGGAGACAAUAUAUCGUUUAAAAAAAUAACACUUUUUAUUCCAGAAAAUAGUUUAUGUUUAUUUUUGAAUUCAAUAUUUUAUUUAAGAACCGGAAUCCAAAAAUAAGCCUUUUUUUGAUAGGAUGAAGUUUCUUCUGAUUGUUUUUUUUAAGGUCCAGACAUUGUUGCUUGAAAGGGAGUGAAAGCUUCACUUUUAAUUCAAUCAAAGAGUACUUCGCCCUUUAAACAAACAAAUUUGAAUGUUGUAGCCUGAAGGCAUAAUAAUGCACUAAAGUGCACAGACUCGGUAACUGUAAAUGCAACACAAAAUCACAUUUUUACAAGUUUUCAAGAAACUUUCCUUAAAUUACAUCAAAUCAAGACAAAGCCCUUGUAAAAUUUUAUUUCUUUUUAUCUGUACAAACGAGUGCCUUGCUUUACUUUCGAAAUGAAGUACAAUUCAUUGAAAUGUCUUUAAAAAGUAAUUUUACAGUUAAAUUUCAUUUAAAAAUAGCAAGGGAAAUAAAUGCCUCUGCUAUAAAAAAAAUUUCAGAGCAGCAGUUAAUGAACUUAAACUAUUUAAAUGUCAUAUUUAUUUAAUAAUCAUUGUUCAAGAUGCCGAAACAAAUAUCUGCAAAAGUUUUUAAAAGAAUAAUUUGACUUGAUUGUGUUUUCAAAUGAUUUUGAGACUAGAACUAGAGAAUGUGGAAAACUAAAAUCUUUAAAACUAUUAAUUAAACUCUAUAAAUUAGAAAUUUUAAGAGAAAUCAAUUGCUUCAUGUUAGUAGAUUUUAAAAGAAAUCAGUUGCUUCAUGUUAGUAGUUUUUAAGAGAAAUCAUUUGCUUCAUGUUAGUAGUUUUUAAGAGAAAUCAAUUGCUUCAUGUUAGUAGUUUUUUAGAGAAAUCAUUGCUUCAUGUUAGUAGUUUUUAAGAAAAAUCAAUUGAUUCAUGUUAGUAGUUUUUAAGAGAAAUUAAUUGAUGCUGCAUUUUUAUGAUAUAGAUUUCUGAAAAGGCUGUCCUGAAUUGUUUCUGGUCAUUGGAUGUUAAUGAUCAAAACUACCAAUUAGGUCAUGAGCCAAUUAGGUCAUGAGCUGCUGUGUAUGCCACAGUAACUUGAAGUAUUUUGACACUGAAAUUAUACUCUGAUACAAGACGCGACACUCUUGUACAACUCAACAGGAUAUUUUCCUGUCAAUGAGGUCGCUGGUCAAUGAACUGUUUGACAACCAUCCUGUUCCUGUCAAUGAGGUCGCUGGUCAAUGAACUGUUUGACAACUAUCCUGGCUCCUCAUUGACAUUCUCUUGAUUGUGUCAUAAUGAUAUUUUAAUUUGUGUAUGUGGUUUGAUCUUUUGUGUUUCAUUAAUUUAUAUGAUCAUGCAUUUAUGAAAUAUUAGUUUUAAAACUUUGAAGCAGAAUGGAAAGCCUACGCUAUAUGGUGGGUAACUUGUAUUUUGUGAUUUAAUUUAUGAUUUAAAAAAUGUUUAUAUCCAAACAAUAACAGAAACACUGGUAGUUAAUGAGUUAAAGAACAAUCAUUUACAUUCCUAGAUCUAGUUUAAUCAUCUCUGAGAAGCUUUAUUUGAAGCAUCUCUGGGAAGUUCUAGUCCACUGCCAAUCCAGUCAGUAAUAGUUGUAAUCUAACAAUGUUUGCUGAAUUGCAGCCUGUUUUUAUACAUUUCAUACUUUAGAGUUGUAUUUAGUUUUAGUAGAGCUUAAUCAAGCAUGAAACUUUGCAUUUCAACAUGAGCAAUUGGUGCUCAUGUGGUGCUCAUGCGGUGCUCAUGUGGUGCUCAUGUGGUGCUCAUGCGGUGCUCAUGCGGUGCUCAUGUGACAAUGUGACCUCCCCAUUCUAAUCUCAGAAACUCUGCCGUUAACUUAACAACUCGCAGACUCCAGACAUUUCUUUGGAUGAGGUUUACUUUAGUAGUCAUACUUCAGCUGGAUUACUGCAGUAGUUAUUGAUCCAUUAAGAUUUCGUCAGUAGGUAUAAUUCAGUAGUAUUGGCUUGGUAGGCUUAGUUGUAAAAGAGUAAUCUGUGGAUUAGUAUGCUUCAUUGUAAAAGAUUACUUCAGUGGAUUAGUAGGCUUACUUUUGAAAGAUUACGCCAUUUGAUUUACUUGAGUAACUCUUCUAUAACUAGGGUGAUUUAAAUUAUGACUGAUCUGUGCAAUAUAACUGUUGGUGAAAUCAAGGCCAAUAAGCCAAACAUCUGUACAUUUAUGAUUCUAUUUUUGUAUCUUCUGUCAUUGUUUAUGUUUUAUGCUAUCAGUUGUUGUAAACUUUGUAACUCAUGUAACUUUCUGUUUCAAACUCAUGUAACUUUCUGUUUCAACCUGAGAAGCAGCUAUCCCAACACUUAUUUCUAAAAGAUUGUCCUGAAACAAUUUUGUUAACUUAAAAUUUCAUCAACAACUGAUCUAUGUUCUAUAUUCUAUCUCUUGUGGCAUUCAAGCUGCCCUAGUUAGUCACUAUAUGAACUUAACAACACCCCCCCCCCCCAACCACCACCACCACAAGCCGGCAUUUCCAUACACCCCUAACCUUUCGGAUGUUUGAAACCAUUUUGUUAACCUAAAAUUUCAUCAAACACUGAUCUAUGUUCUAUAUUCUCUCCCCUGUGGCAUUCAAGCUGCCCUAGUUAGUCCCUAUAUUAACUUAACAACCCCCCCCCCCCCAACCACCACCACCACAAGCCGGCAUUUCCAUACACCCCUAACCUUUCGGAUGUUGAGAGAUUCCCAGGCCAAUGACAUUGUUCAGCAGCCAUUCCCAGGCCAAUGACAUUGUUCAGCAGCCAUUCCCAGGCCAAUGAUAUUGUUCAGCAGCCGCUGAAAUAUUUCAAAAUCCUUAACCAAACCUAUCAAAUGCCGGGAAUGUCAUUUAAAAAAUACCCAAUGUUAAUCACACCAUGAAUAUUAUAAUAUAAUUGUUUAAUAUGCUAAGAUUGAAUCUCAUUCCUAUUAAAAUCAGAUUGAAAUCAUUCAGCUCUCUGCGGCUUUAUCUAAAUAGUGAGAGAUUUGUUCUUUGAUUGAGAGUCAUAAUUUUGUUACAUGUUAUUAUGCAUUUUUUUGUGUUCACAAUGUUUCCCAUAUGUAACAAUGUUUCUUGAAUGUUACAAUGUUUCCCGUAUGUAACAAUGUUUCUUGAAUGUUACAAUGUUUCCUGUAUGUAACAAUGUUUCUUGAAUGUUACAAUGUUUCCCGUAUGUAACAAUCUUUCUUGAAUGUUACAAUGUUUCCUGUAUGUAACAAUGUUUCUUGACUGUUACAGCCUCACAUGAAAUCUUACACCUGUUUUGCUGGAUGAGAAAUAAAAUAAAUGUAUCUACAGCAUUGUUUGAAUUUCCUUCAGGUGUUGGCCACACGAAACACAAGUGGUCUGGUGUUUAUUUUAAAUGUAUACUUCAUAGAUCAGUUGGUUUAAGAAGUAUGCUACUACUAUUAUACUAAUAGAACAUUUACCAUUCUCUUCCUAACAAUAGAGCAUGGGAUAAGCUAACCAGAUUGUCUGGAUGCCAAGUACCGACACAAUGGUUAGCAGCAACGAGGGGGG